GUUCCGUCUCAUUAUACGCACUCCGCUGCGCGCGCGCAACUCGUCGGUCAUUCCACAAAACCAGUUUAUCGAAUAAUUCAAAAGUGCAGUAUUAUAGUUGUUUAGCUGAAUGAUAGUGUUAAUAUCUAUUGUGUGGGAUGUUGAAUAGUAAUUUUGCAAUCUUAUUCAGGCGUAUUGAAAUGAGAUUGCGGGAAUGAAUCAUGGUUGAAGUGAAAGUUGUGAUUUAGUAGACAAUACCGGCGUUGUAGUGCUUGUGUUGCUAUCGUGUUUCAAUUAUAUUCUCAUAUCUACGGUAGUUCUUACAGUUUAAAAUAACCCUAAGUAUUCUAUAUUACAUAUAACAGUGUAUCAGUAAAUAAAAACUGUAGAAAUAAUAGUAACUGAUGUGUAUUAAGCCGGGUCCAAGUGGCGUAGUUUUUAGGUUAUAAUAAAGUAUACCAGGAAAUAUAAAAGAUAGUUAAAAAUGACUAUUCGAAGUAUGUCAGUGACUGAUGCUCGCGAUGCUACCACGAGCAGCUGCUGUAGAGGGCCAUACAAACGCAGGACGAAACUCGUCAUCGCAGGGCUGGUGGUUCUGGUAUUUAUGUCAGCUCUCAGUGGCUACAUCAUCGGCAGUGGUGAUUACAAAGCUAGAAAAGCUUUAGAACCACCUGAUCCAGUGGAGCCAUUACUGCCUUCGCCCUCCAGACUGCAUAUCUUCCAAAAAGCUGCCGUGUGCACAGAUGCGCCUCAAUGUUCACAAAUAGGAAGGGAGAUCCUAUUGAAAAAUGGUUCCGCUGUUGACGCGGCGAUAGCUGCUAUGUUCUGCAAUGGGUUGCUCAACCAACAGAGUAUGGGUCUUGGAGGUGGAUUCUUCAUGACUGUUUACAUUAAGAGUGAGGAGAAGGCAUACACUGUAAACGCGAGGGAGAAAGCACCGGAGGCUGCAACCAAAGACAUGUUCCACGGCAGCUACGAUAAAGCUACUAAAGGUCCACUGUCAGUUGGUGUCCCUGGUGAACUGCGGGGAAUGUGGGCGGCGUAUAAGCGAUGGGGCAAGCUACCAUGGGAAAGUCUAUUGGCUCCAACCCUGGACAUCUGUAAUACCGGCUUCGUAAUGUCCAAAGCGAUGUACGAUGGCCUGGAAAGCGCUCCGUUUAUUAAAAAUGACCCCCAACUGAGUAAACAAUACUACAACACCGCCAAAGGCCAGUUCCACCGGCCAGGCUCGACAGUGAAGCCAGGCGAAGCACUAUGCAAUACUCUACAUCGCAUUGCGGAGAAAGGUGGAGAUGAACUGUACAAUGGAAGUCUGGCGAACGACUUCGUGGAAGACUUGAACAGAGUUGGCAGCAUCAUUACCGCUGACGAUCUGAAGAACUACGAGGCACAAAUUGUUGAACCUCUGCUAGUCCAGCUCGGUAACGGCGACACUCUCCACGCGCCGCCCCCGCCAAGUAGCGGCGUCAUACUCGUGAACAUACUCAACAUACUUCAAGGAUACAACUUCACAUCCAACAGUAUCAACACCACAGAGGACAAGAUACUCACGUACCACAGGAUUUUAGAGGCUUUCAAAUAUUCCUACGCAACAAGAACUAAGUUGGGGGAUCCUCUUUUUCUUGAUUUAAAGGAGUUGAUCCAGAACGUGACAAGUUCAGAGUACGGGAGUUCAAUCAGGAUGCGCAUCAACGAUACAGCGACCAGCAACGACACAGAGACCUACGGCGCUACGCAGUACAACCAGCCGGACUCUGGCACUGCCCACAUAUCUAUCAUAGGCACCAAUGGAGACGCUGUAUCUGUUACCAGUUCUGUUAACUAUUAUUACGGUGCCGGCUUUACCACCGCAACCACGGGUAUUGUGAUGAACAACGUGAUGGACGACUUCUCAUCACCAGGGUUCACCAACUACUUCGGCUUACAGCCGUCCAGCGCCAACUUUAUAGCGCCUGGCAAGAGACCACUCUCGUCAAUGAGUCCUAGCAUUAUAACAGAUAGUAAUGGAAACGCUAAAAUGGUGAUCGGGGCGUCUGGAGGUACCAAGAUUACAACUGCAGUUGCUUUGGUUACGAUGCGUAAAUUGUGGUUUGGACAGACAAUAAAGGAGGCAGUGGAUGAGGCCAGGAUACAUCAUCAGAUAUUCCCGAUGGUAGCCGAAUACGAAUUCGGUAUUACUGAGGAGAUAUUAGCAGGGCUGCGACAGAAAGGCCACGGUACGGUGCGUUACAGAGGCCGAGGGUCAAUCGUUUGCGCCCUCUACAGGAACAGAACAGCGAUUUACGCAAACGCCGACUUUAGAAAAGGCGGCGACGUUGCAGGAAUGGAUUAAAGAACUGAUUUGAUGUAAUAUUUUUUAGGUUUAAGCAUAAUAAAUUAGAUAAUUGUCCAAUAAUUAAUGGGAUUGGCGAAAAUAUAUACAUUUUCGUAGGAUA